AUGUUCAACAGCGUGAGGACGAUCCACUUCAUCGCAAGGACGGUCAACAGUGAGAGGAUGAACACCAGCGCGUGGAAUAUCAAUCGUAUGAGCAUGAUCAGCAGCGCAAGGGCGAUCAAGAGCGUGUGCACGAUCAACAACGGGAGGACGAUCUACAGCGCGUGGACGAUCAGCAGCGUGAACCUCGUCAGCAAGGGAAGGAUGAUCAACACCGAAUGGACGAUGAACACCGUGAGGAUGAUCAGCAUCGUGAGGACGAUCAGCUGGGCGAGAAUGGUGAAGAGCGUUUUGACGAUCAGCAGCGAGAGGAGGCUCAACAGCGAAACUAUUUUCAACAACGUGUGGACGCUCUAUUGCGCGAAGGCGAUCAACAGCGAGAAGAUCAUCAACCGCGCGUGGACGAUCAAACGCGCGAUGAAAAACAACAGUGUGAGAACGAUAAUCAGCGAGAGGGCGGUCAGCAGCGCGAGGGCGAUCACCAGCGUACGCACGACCAGUUUCAGCCAAACGAUCGACAGCGCGAGGACGAUCAACAGCGAGAGAAUGUUCAACAACUUGUGGGCGAUCAACAGGGUGAGGACGAGCGAAACCGAAAGGACGGUCAACAGCGUGAGGAUGACCAACAGCGUAAACGCGAUCAAUAUCGGCCAGGCGAUCG